UUAACGUAUAAUUAUUCAUUAUUUUUACUUUUAUCCGAAAUAUUACACAUAAAGUAACGAAUUCGUUAUCGGGUUGUACUUUAAAUUUCUUUGUUGGAGCAUUAUUUGAUUAAAAAUUUUUUGAAGAAGAUCUUUAGUUACGAAAGAAAAUAUUCAUGAAAUCAACGCAAAUCUUAAAACUUAUAGUACUUCUAUUGCUACAAAUUUUAUUAAUAAGGAUUAAAAAUGUGACACCUCAAGAAAUUUGUCCAAGAGAAGGGUUAGAAUGUGAUAUUUCACAGAAAGUCAAAUUUUGUCAGCUACCAGAUGAAGUCCCACUCGAUAAGGAUGGCGACAUAAUAGCAUUUAAAAUGAAUAACUUUAUGAGUUUGAAAAAGAUUCUCACAAUAGGCUUAAAUAAUAACAACAAGUUGUAUGUAAAUGGAUUGUAUGAUGACGAUAAAAAGGAAUUCAAAUUGUUUACAACAGAUGCUUAUAAGAACUAUACGCUGACUGAAACACAAACAGAUUUUUCAUUAAAAGCUUAUUUUAUGUGUGACGGGAAUGGAAUUGCAUUUGAGUCAAUAUAUACGUUCAAUGUAAAAAUUAGCCAAACAAAUCUUUUUCCGCCGCAAUUUUCACAAGAGGAAUAUGAAAAACAAAUUUCUUUACCAUUAAUCAAAGGUUUUGGUUGCAUUUUUUCGAAGGUUGUAAAAGCAACUGAUCAUGAUAUUAAAUAUAAUAAAAUCACGUUCUCGUCAGAUAAUGAAUAUUUGGAAGUAGGCACAGAAGUGGAAACGGCUGAUAAUGGUCAUACAUAUUUUGCUGCAAUCAGUAUAAAAAAAGCUAUUACAGAAAUUAAUGAAACAUUUGUCAUAGAAAUUGAAGCAAAGGAUAAUGGCAAUCCCCCGUUGUCAUCAAAAACUAAAUUAAAAUUAAUUGCUGACAAACAAAAAAGUUUACCAAUGCAACCACGUUUUACGAAUGCAAUUUAUGAAGCAAAUCUAACGAAACCAGAAGAAUUACAAAUUAAUGCUGAAUUAGAUUUAACUACAUAUGAUGAAGCAAUUGUAUUUAAUGUUACUGAUCGUGACUCUGAGCUUUUUACUAUUAAUAGAGAGUCUAACAAAAUAAAUAUUCGAUUAAAAGAUAAUAAAGUCGAUGAUGAAUAUGUUAAAGAAAGAUCAUAUUUAUCUUUCAUACUUAACGCACACAAUCCCAAAUUACAAAUUCCAGGACAAACAGCCAUUGUUGUUGGAAUACCAAAAAAUGCGGAAGAUAUAAAAAAAAUAUAUUUUGAAAAAGAUCUUUACAGAGGAGAAAUUAAUGCAGACAAUGAAUUAGAAAUUGAAUUUAUAAAAUUAAUAGAUGAAGCAAAUACUGAAAAUAUUCAAUAUAGUUUUGAAAUACAGGGUGAUGAUAUGAAAUUGUUUGAAUAUAAAUUGGUGAUUAUGAAUGAAUUAAAGUUAAUUUUAAAAGAUGAUGCAAAUUGGGAUGGUAAAUAUUACCUCCAUAUCAGUAUAUUAGCCAAAAUGAAUGAAAUUGUAAAAUCAUCCACAAAUGUUAUAAUUGAUGUGCCAGUUAAUAAAAAAGAUUUCAGAUUCGAGAAACCAUUAUUUGAAGGUCAAAUAAAUCAAACAAAUCAAUUGGAAAAACUUCAAAUUAAAUUUGUCGACAAUGAGAAUUUAAAUGAAAUUUUUUUUCAAAUAUUAGGCGAAAAUUCAAAAUAUUUUACAAUAGAAAUUUUUGAAAAUUUUGCUGAACUGAAAUUAAAAGAAUCUGAAUUACCAGCAGAAUGGUCUAAAAAAAAAUUUUUAUCAUUUCAAAUUGAAGCACGUAAGCACAGUUAUGAUGCAAUUUACUGUGGCAUUUUGGUAAAUUUACCAAAUAAAUUACAAUUGCCACAAUUUCCUGAGAUAUUAUAUAAAGGAAAAAUCAUAUCAAAAAAAGAAAUUGAGGAACUAGAAAUUCCUGUACAUAAUUUAGGAUCAAGAUUUGGUUUAUCUGGUCAUAAUAGUUUUACAAUUGAUCAACGUGAUGGUAUUAUUAAAAUUAUGUUAGCUGGUGAACUAAGUGAUGAGGAUUUACAAUUAAAUUACAUUGCAUUAACUUUAACAGCAAUUUUUGAUGAGAUCGAUGGUGGUAAAAGUUCAACAACUAUUAUUUUAUCAACACCACCUUUAAAAUUACCACCCGAAACAUCAACUUCAAAACCAACAACCACAUCAACAACUGACGGUUCUACUGCUGCUACUACUACUACUACAGAAAAUCCGGAACCUGAAAACGUACCAAAGUUCGAGAAAAGUACAUAUAGGUUUUCAAUAAAAGCAGAUUUUGUUGGAAUUUUUGGAUCGGUCAAAGCAUUACUUGAAGAGGAAUCUUCAACAAUAAUUGAAUAUUCAACAGCUAAUGUAGACGAUGAACUUAAAACUAGAUUGCUUUUGUAUGAUGAUGGUCGUUUAGGAGUAAGUUCCACAACACCUCCAGGAACUUAUGUUUUUGAAGUAAGGGCAAAUGUUAUCGGCAAUCGAAAAUAUGUAAAUACAUUUGUUAUACUUGAUAUAUCACCGAUAAAAGUUUGUGGUGAUGAAGGAGCAAAAGUAGAAAAUGCGCUCUUAAUUAAACGUUUAGAAGAAGAAAGAGCUCACAAAGGCAUAAUAAAAGCUGUAAUAGGAAAUUGCCAUUAUAAAAUAAUGAGUAUUAGUCCAAAUGACAAAGAAUACUUUAAAAUAAAUGAUAACGAUUUGGAUUUAAUAUCAGUUGAUAGGGAAGAUCCAAUAUUUUCAGAUAUGUUAAUAGCACAAAUUCAAGUAAAAUUAAUAUUAUUUGAUAGUUCAAUACCAAUAAAAGAAAGUUUAACAACUGAAUCAGAUACAGAAAUAAACAGUUCUGAAUCUAUCACUGAAAAUAUAAUUCCAACUUUUGAUACAACUACGGAAAUUGAAAAAAUUGAAGAUAUAACUAAAUUAAUUAUUGAAACUACUAAAAAUAUAAAAUAUACUUCAAAAUUUUCUGAAGCAACAACUACAAUACCCAUAAGUACUUCAACGAUCAUUAGUACAGAUCCUAUAAAAUUAAAUGCAACUGAAAAUUUUGAAUCAACCCAUCAACAACAAGUGGUAUUAAAUACUACAGAAAAGAUGGAAUUAACUUCCGAGCAGGUAACAAAAUCAACAUCUGAGCAAUCAAACAGUAGUGAAAAUAUUUCACAAACAAGUACAGAAGUAAAUAUUGAAAAUACUGAAUUUAUUGACGAAACCACUACAGAUAUAUUUAUAAGUUCCGCUGACAAUAAUCAGUUUACUUUUGAAUCGGUUACACAAAUGGAUAGCAAACCAGAUAAUAUAAAAUUUAGAACACAAAGUUAUUACAAAAGCUUCUCCAACAGUCUUUUGGGGCGUCCUCAAUUUAGACAAGUAGGACAAUUUAACGAUGGAAAAUCUUAUGUUUUAACCGAAAAUAUAAAAAGUUCGUUGGUUGAAACCGUUUUAACAGUUAUAAUCGAAGACAUUAAUGAUAAUAAACCAAUAUUUGAAUAUCCACCACCUGAUACAAAAUUUGUUAUUGGUUAUCCUGAUGUAGAAGUAUCGAAUAAUAUCCUUCCGCAAUAUUUAAUAAAAGUUAAUGCAACCGAUUUAGAUAUCGGUUUAAAUGCUUUGAUACGUUAUAAAUUAGAUAAUCCAGAUUUUGGAAUCGAUGAAGAGACCGGCAUUAUAUAUCCAUAUUCAGGUGCUAUGGAAAAUUCAAAUGAAAUCAGCUUAACUGUGUAUGCUGUGGAUCGUAAUGGAGAAAUGGAAGGAAGCUUAAAUAGUUCUGUGAAAAUUAUUGUAAAAAAAAUUCAUUCAUAUCAAUUGAUUCUAUUAGAAUUUCAAGGAAAUCAAAUGGAAAAUGUUGACGAAUUAUUAAAUGAAAUGAGUAAAAAUAAGGGAUUUGAUUUAAUACCGUUGAAAUGGGCCACUGUCCCUAAUUUAACAGCUACAAAUAAACAAUCUCUAUUACAUCAAAUGAUAGCCAGAAUACAUAGGAUUUUCGGACCAGCUUAUAGUCAAAAAACAACAUUAAAAGUUUGGACAUAUGCCAUUAAUGAAAAUGCUGAUUUCGUGAAAAGUGAUAAGAUUAUAGAGAAGCUUUCUGGAAGUUCUGAUGUUAUAGCUGCAUCUUAUGAAGAUACAGUAAAAUAUGCUGACGCGAGUCGUGAUGUAACUGCUUUUAUAGUUGGAAUUGUAAUUUUAUCAGUAAUUUGUAUAGGAUGCUUAGGUUUUAUCUCAUGGGUUGUGUAUUUCCGAAAAGCUUUAUAUGAGAAAACAUCUUCAACUAGUCGUUCAGAAGUUUCGUCUUUUGCAGCUAGUUUAGAAACUAAUUCAACUGAACCUGAGAAAGAUUCAUCUACACAAAGUUCGAAUAAUGUAAAACGAGAUACAAUGAAAAUUGCUGGAACGACAACACAAGAAACAUCUGAUUAUCAAACAAGAAUGUUAGAAUUAUUAAAUGAUCGAAAUCACAAAGAAAAUGAUGAUAAUUAUGAAAAUAAUUCUGGUAAUGAAAAUUUUGAAUGUGAUGAAGAAGGAACGAUACCAAAUGGUGAUAUCGGUGGUGAAAGAAGAAAAUCAGUGGUUAAAUUUAAUGAAUUAGUAGAACGAAUUGAAAUUGAAGAUAGAAGGGGCAGUCAAAAUAGUGAUAUAAGUUCUGAAAGAUUAUAAAUUAUUAGAAUUAUUUCAUAUUAUUAUACGCAUAUUUAUAUUUAUGUUUUGCAUAUAUAUAUAUAUAUAUAUAUAUAUAUAUAUUUACAUACAUAUAUAAACUUAAAAUUAUUAAUUUAUAACGGAUAUUAAAGAAACAAAUAAAGAGAGAAAUGGCGUCGAAUUUAAUUACAACUUUGUAAAAUAUUUUACGUUUAAAUAUUUUUAAGAUCAUUUUAUAUGCCAAAAUAAAUGUUGCAAUAAUUUACACUGCAAAGUCAAUACUAUUAAGAAUGGAAUUGAAAAAUUUCAGUAUGCUGGUCUGCUGUUUUUCGUAGUCCUGUGAAUAGAUCUAAAUCUCAUCAUUGCUACCUUAAAAUGUACUAUCCUAAAAUACAUCUAGCACAUAAUGAAAUAUUAGGAAGAUUCGCUUGAUUUUAAUAUUUAAAAGAAAUCUAUUUUUGAAAUUUAUAUUUUUAAUGUUAGGUUUCACAUUCUUGAUCGUGUUCAAAGCGGAAGGUCUUGGAAUUCAAUACAGAAAUAUUAAGAAAAGUUAAUUUUGAAUUAAAAAAAAAUUAAAUUAAAAGGCAUAUU